AUGGUUGAAGAAAUGAUUGCGAUGUUUCUCAAUGUUCUGGCACACCAUGUAAAAAACAGGGUAAUCAAAUUUGAUUUUAUCAGAUCUGGUGAGACAGUUAGUAGACAUUUCCAUGCAGUCUUGAAGUCAAUCAUACUAUGUCAUGGUGUCUUGUUAAAAAAAGGAGAACCCAUCCUAGAAAAUUCAACUGAUCCUACUUGGAAGUGGUUUAAGAAUUGCCUUGGAGCAUUAGAUAGAACUCAUAUUAGAGUGAAUGUGCCGAAAUCCGAUCGACCAAGAUAUAGAUCACGAAAAUCUGAAAUAACUACCAAUGUACUAGGUGUUUGUAGUCAAGAUAUGCAAUUCAUAUAUGUCUUGUCUGGCUGGGAGGGUUCAUCUCAUGAUGGUCGAGCUCUUAGGGACGCGAUAACAAAGCACAAUGGACUAAAGGUUCCACAUGGAUUUUACUAUUUGGUGGAUUCUGGAUAUGCAAAUUGCCCUGGAUUUCUUGCACCUUUCCGAGGACAACAAAACAAACGUACUACUGCAAUCAGUGAUAUCUUGCAAAUUAGUGGGUUCACUUGGAACUAUGAAAGGUGCACUAUUGAGUGUGAGAAAAGUGCAUAUGAUGAAUAUGUUAAGAACCAUAAAGAAGCGGCUGGCCUUUAUGGGAAAUGUUUUCCAUUUUUCAAUGAUCUUGCUCCAGUGUUUACAAGGGAUAGAGCACAGGGAACUGCACGGGGUGACAUUGGAGAUGAUCUAGAACAAUAUAUGCAAGAAAAUAUUAGUUUGGAUGAGGACAUGGGCUUCUCUCAGUUGCCAACUGAUGAGUUUUUCAUGCCUAUGCAGGAACCUGCAUCAUCUCAAUCACCUGUGGCAUCAGAGGGUAUUAGUACUGCAAAAUCCCGUCGAAAGCGAAAAAGUAUUGCUAGGGACCCCUCUAUGGACACAUUGAAUGAAAAUUUUCGUAACUUUGUGGAAACAGUUGGACCUGGAUUUAGGUCAAUGGCCGAUGUAGCUACUAGAAAGGAUGCUAAUCGUGUAGAGCAUGAAGAGAGGAGGAAAUUACUACCUCAAAUACUUCCAUUCGUUGAAGGUCUGUCUAUCUAUGAAGUAAUGUUUAUCUUGCAGGUUUUACCAAAACAUGAAGAUGAACUCAAAACUUUUAUUGAGUUACCUGGCAGCAUGAAGCUACCAUUUUGCCAUGUACUUCUAGCAAGAUUGGGAUAUACACCACCAAAUGUAUGAACCAUGCAUAUUACUAGAGUUUCAUUUCAAGUCAAUGUUUGAUGCUUUAUAAAUUAUGUGUAAUGGUGUUAUGUUGU